UGCAUUACUCGGCUCACUCGUCUCCUCCCUCCCCAACCCCCCAUGCACCCGCAGGUGAUUCAGCUGCGCCGCUUCAACUUCUGGGGUGUGGAGGCGGAGUCGCGCCGCGAGCCCGUGUUGGACCGCCUCACAUGGCGAUGUGCACAGCCCAUGUGGCACACGGAGGGGUGGGCGGGCUGGCAUGACAAGCUGGCCGUCAACCCACAAACCAUCCUGCCCUACCUGAUCCACCACUCUUCACUGCACCACAUCCUAUGUUCCCUUGCAUCCUUCUCUCGUCACUCUCCUCCCAUUUCUUCUCCCUCCACAUUUUCCUUCAACACGUCCUCCCCCGCGUUCCCGCCACCCCUCCCCCCUUCCACUCGCCCCGCCAUCAGCUCAGUGGCGAUCCACACCACCACGGCGCCCCCGGAGUCGGUGGCAACGGCCCCGAGGGACGUGCUGCACCUCAACCACUUCACAGCCAUGGCCAUCGACCUGGCGCAGCACCCCUGCCGCUCCUGGGUCAAGCCCGUGCUGGACCGCGGCCUCACCUGGGUCACCCCGCGCGCCCUCAAGUGCCGCGCGCUGCCCUGCCGCCGCUCCACGCCCCUCGAGUGCUGGCCCUUCUGCAUCCUGCCGUGGCAGGGGGAGGACGACGGCAGGGGGCAUCGUGCUGGUGGGGGUGGAGGGGCAAGGGUGGCUAAAACGGAGAGUGUGGAGAGUGGGGAGGGAGAGAAGAGUAAUGAGUCUGUCGAAGAUACGAUGUAA